GAAUAUCUGUUACCCAAGCCGAGGGUCAGAUCAGGAGAGCAGGUGAGAACAUCUAUUAGCCAAGCCGAGGUCAGAUCAGGAGAGCAGGUGAGAACAUCUGUUAGCCAAGCCGAGGUCAGAUCAGGAGAGCAGGUGAGAACAUCUGUUAGCCAAGCCGAGGUCAGAUCAGGAGAGCAGGUGAGAACAUCCGUUAGCCAAGCCGGGGUCAGAUCAGGAGAGCCGGUGAGAAUAUCCGUUAGCCAAGCCGAGGUCAGAUCAGGAGACCAGCUGAGAAUAUCCAUUAGCCAAGCCGAGGUCAGAUCAGGAGACAGCUGAGAAUAUCCAUUAG